CCUAGUUAUAGAUUUUGAUGUAUGGGUCAAUUUUAUGCUCUAUAUAAACCUAGCUCCCUCUCAAUUAGUUGUUCAUCAAAUUAAACAUUGUUAGUGAUCAUCACAACUUCAAAAGUAGCUUCAUCAUUAACUCAUUUUGAAUUAAUUUUGGCAAAAACCAUGGUUUCCAAAAGUCUACCAAAGCUUCCUACAGUUAACCUUACGUUAAACUUGAGCCCUGGAACAAGUUCAUGGACAUCAACAUGCAACAACAUCAGGCAAGCACUCGAAGAAUACGGUUGCUUCGUCGCAGUGUACGACAAGUUUACCCUAGACUUCCACAACAAGGUGGUCGACGUUAUACAACCAAUGUUUGACCUCCCUACGGAGGUUAAAGCUAGAAACUCCUCCGAUCUUCCCUACCACGGGUAUUAUAAGCCUGGCAAGCCGAUGCCACUCCUCGAAAGUCUAGGCAUCGAGGAUGCAGCAAUGCUUGACAAGAUGCAAAGUUUCACUAACCUCUUGUGGCCUACUGGGAACGAUCAAUUUUGUGAAACCAUACAUCAAUAUGCAAAGAAAGUAUCCGAGCUAGAACAAUUGGUUAUGAAGAUGGUGUUUGAGACCUAUGGUGUAGAGAAAUACCUUGAGUCUCAUCUCAACUCGACGACAUACCUUCUUCGGAUAGCCAAAUACAGGGUACCACAAGAGGAUGAAAAUAAUCUUGGGGCAGUUGGUCAUACAGACAAGAACUUUAUAACUAUACUUCAUGAGAAUGAUGUAAAUGGUUUGGAAGUUCAAACUAAAAAUGGUGAAUGGCUUAGUUUCGAGUCCUCACCUCAGUCUUUUGUUGUCAUGGCAGGGGAACCUUUCUUGGCAUGGAGCAAUAACAGAAUACAUGCACCUCUACAUCGCGUGGUAAUGAAGGGAGAUAAGCCAAGAUAUUCAUUUGCCUUAUUUUCAACCACCAAAGACACCAUUGAGACACCGAAGGAGUUAGUUGAUGACGAGCAUCCAUUACAGUUUAAGCCAUUCGAUUACAUGGGAUUGCUUCGAUUUUAUACCGAAGAUGUUAGUCGAAUGGCUGUGUGUACCAUCAAAGACUACUGUGGAGUCUAAUAGACUACAAUGGAGCUCUUUCUUUGUUAUAAUAAUAGGUGUAUGAAUGAUGUAAUUACCUCAUAAAAAUUCAAAAGUAGCCACUACGUAAUUUUAGAAUGGUCAUCUUCUAAGAUCAAAGACUUUUCAAACUUUCCCUAUUUUGGUUAAGACAUGUAAUGGACUAAAUUGUAAGAGGAUUGUUUUGAGAAUUAUGUAAACUCGAAGUCAGCUCCCAAAGCCAUUAAUUGUCUUAAGCGUCGAUCGUAUGUAUGUACAAUUUCAACAAUUGAAAACUUUUGUAUGUAUA